UUACAGACAUAGAGCUAAAGCGACUGAAAGAUGCUUUCAAGAGAACUUGUGGACUCUCAUAUUAUAUGACUCAACAGUGCUUCAUCAGGGAAGUCCUUGGUGAUGGAGUCCCUCCAAAAGUUGCUGAGGUUAUCUACUGUUCAUUUGGAGGAAUAUCCAAAGGGCUGCACUUCAAUAACUUGAUAGUCGGAUUAGUUCUACUUACAAGAGGCAGAGAGGAAGAGAAGACAAAAUACAUUUUCAGUCUCUUUUCUAAUGAAUCUGGGAGUUAUGUUGUCCGUGAAGAGAUGGAGAAGAUGCUGCAUGUGGUUGAUGGGAAAGUCCCAGAGUCACUCAAGAAAUGUUUUUCUGAGGGUGAAAAGGUAAACUAUGAGAAGUUUAGGGUUUGGCUCUUGCACAACAAAGAUGCUUUCACGUUUUCCCGUUGGCUGCUCUCUGGAGGUGUGUAUGUGACACUCACUGAUGAUAGUGAUACCCCUACCUUCUAUCAAACCCUGGCUGGAGUCACACACUUGGAAGAAUCUGACAUAAUUGAUCUCGAAAAACGUUACUGGCUGCUAAAAGCUCAAUCAAGAACUGGACGUUUUGAUUUAGAAACAUUUGCCCCCUUAGUUUCCCCUCCUAUUCAUCCAUCUCUGAGUGAAGGUUUGUUUAAUGCUUUUGAUGAAAACCGAGACAAUCACAUAGAUUUUAAAGAAAUUUCCUGUGGGCUCUCAGCAUGUUGCAGGGGACCCUUGGCAGAAAGACAAAAGUUUUGCUUCAAGGUUUUUGACAUUGACCGGGAUGGUGUGUUGUCUCGCACUGAACUUAAAGAAAUGGUGGUUGCACUUUUAGAGGUCUGGAAAGAUAACCGUACUGAUAAAAUACCUGAAUUGGACAUGGAUUUGUCUGAAAUUGUAGAAGAUAUUUUGAAUAUGCAUGAUACCACAAAGCUUGGACACCUCACUCUGGAGGACUACCAGAUAUGGAGCGUGAAGAGUGCACUUGCCAACGAAUUUUUGAAUCUGCUUUUUCAGGUGUGUCAUAUAGUUUUGGGGCUACGACCUGCCACUCCAGAAGAGGAAGGACAGAUUAUUAGAGGCUGGUUAGAAAGAGAAAGCAGGUACGGGCUUCAGCCAGGGCACAACUGGUUUCUUAUUGCAAUGCCAUGGUGGCAACAGUGGAAAGAAUAUGUCAAAUACGAUGCAAACCCUGUUGUGAUAGAGCCUUCAUCUGUCUUGAGUGGAGGUAAGAACUCACUCGUAGCUGCUCCAGCCAGUACUUCAGAACAGGGAGAAGACAAAAUGGGAGGUCUUAAUUACUUCAGUGGAACAGAAGAAAAGUUUUCAGAUAAUAUUUCUACUGCAUCAGAAGCCUCAGAGACUGCUAGCAGCUAUACUCUUUACUCUGGCACACCAGGGACUGAUAUAUGUUUUGCUAGGCAGCAUAAUACUUCAGACAAUAAUAACCAGUGUUUCCUUGGAACCAAUGGGAAUGCUUUGCUACAACUUAAUCCUCAGAAACCAGGAGCUAUUGAUAACCAACCCCUAGUAACACAAGAACCAGUGAAGGCUGCAUCAUUAACAAUGGAGGGUGGAAGACUAAAGCGAUCUCCACAGUUGAUUGAAGGAAAGGACUACGUAAUGGUACCAGAACCAGUUUGGAGAGCACUUUACCAUUGGUAUGGAGCAAAUCUGUCCUUGCCCAGGCCGGUGAUCAAAAACAGCAAAACAAAUGUGCCUGAACUCGAGUUGUUUCCUCGUUACCUGCUCUUCCUGAGACAGCAGCCUGCCACUCGAACGCCACAGUCAAACAUCUGGGUGAAUAUGGGUAUGAUGAGCCUGAGAAUGUUUCCUCAGCGUUUACCUAGAG